AUGCCGAACACUGCCCAGGGCAAUGCGGCAGCGGCAAAACGAAAACUGAAAAGUACUAAAAAAGUCGGCACUUGGAAGCGAAUGCUGGCCAGCCUAUACAACCAAUAUGCGAUGCAACUAGCUGCGAAACGGAAGAAACAAGGAAGAGCGUUACCAAUAAUCUGGUGGCAACCGGUACACGAACGCCUGGCACGAGAGCGCCGAGAUGCCUGGCCUGGUGCAGUUCAACCGAAGAACGAGACGACACUCCUGAAAAGAACUAAAAAAGAGCUGGGAAAAAAGAUGCAGUUGGGCGUAGUGCAAAAAACAACUACGACCGAAUAUAAUCCGCCUGUGCUGCGACUGAGAGGGGCUUCAAGAAGCGUAGCUUUGACCACAGAAUCGACCUCAGGAAGCACUGAAGGAGGUUAUGGAAAAGAGCAUGAGGAAAUGCCGGAGAUACAGGAAACAAAAUCCGUAAGCAACCAAUAG